CCUUCACCUUCCACCUCCCCUUCACCGUUCAACUCUUCUACUUUUCGCCAGGCUUCAAUGUUUUGUUGACCUCUCAACUUGCUUAGUUUCCUUUGGUUGUCGUCGUUGUUUUUCGUGAAAAUGGCGGUGGAUCUGAUGAGUUUUCCUAAGAUGGAUGAUCAGAUGGCCAUUCAGGAGGCUGCAACGCAAGGUAUGAAGAGCAUGGAGCACCUGAUUAGCCUCCUUUCUCACCAGUCUAACCGACUCGACUGCGCUGAGGUUGCCGAUCUCACCGUCUCUAAGUUCAAAAAGGUCAUCUCACUAAUUAACAGAACCGGUCACGCUCGGUUCAGACGUGCACCGAUUCAGUCCUCUUCCUUUUCCUCACCGUCAUCAUCCGCUGCUUCUCUAACUGUUACUGAUUCCCACAAGGCUCUAACUCGAACUCCUGCCCCGGUUGAAACACCGCCGCUGACCGUAAAUCCGGCGCCGGUUGAAGCUCCAAGUACGGAUCCUGCUAGUUUCGUUCCUUUGCAACCCCAGAGUUUAACACUCGAUUUUACGAAACCUUGUUUGUUUAGUUCUAACACUAAAAGCACUGAGUUGGAGUUCACAAAAGAAAGCUUCAGCGUGUCGUCGAACUCUUCGUUUAUGUCUUCUGCGAUCACCGGAGACGGCAGCGUUUCGAACGGGAAGCAAGGAUCAUCUCUAUUUUUGACACCGGCGGCGGCCGUUUCCUCGGGAAAACCACCACUAUCCUCUGCUCCAUUCAAGAAGAGGUGCCGCGAACAUGAGCACUCUGAGAACGUGUCCGGCAACGGCAAGUGUCACUGCUCAAAGCGAAGGAAAAACAGGGUGAAAAAAGUAAUCAGAGUUCCAGCCAUCAGUUCUAAGAUCGCCGACAUUCCGGCAGACGAGUAUUCAUGGAGGAAGUACGGUCAAAAACCGAUCAAGGGCUCACCAUACCCACGGGGAUAUUACAAGUGUAGUACGGUCAGAGGGUGUCCCGCUAGGAAACACGUGGAGCGAGCGACCGAUGAUCCGUCGAUGUUGAUUGUAACAUACGAAGGGGAGCACCGGCACAGUGAAGGCGCGGCGCAGGAGAACAUGGCUCCAGGUGUGGGGCUGGUAGUAUUCAAGUCAACUUGAUAAACAAAUAAACGUAGAGUUUUGUAAUAUUUUAGAGUGGUUGAGGGGGCUGAAUGUAAAUUUGUUUUUUCUUUAGAUAUAUUUAUAAAUUUUCCUAAUGAAAAAAGUAAAGCUUAAUUAAAUUAAUUGUUGAUUGGUGAUGACGAUGAAAAUAGCAAUAAUAAUAUCUUAAUAAUUCUACAAA